AUGUUAUCCAGGUUAAGAGUUGUUUCCCGGCCUUGCGUGCUGAUAUGUCGCCAUAUGCACAGAAAAGAGAAGGGGAAACCUCUGAUGUUGAAUCCAAGAACAAAUAAGGGAAUGGCAUUUACAUUACAGGAACGACAAAUGCUUGGCCUUCAAGGACUACUACCUCCUAAAAUAGAGACGCAAGAUAUUCAAGCCUUACGGUUCAAUAGAAACUUGAACAAAAUGAGUGACCCUUUGGAAAAAUACAUCUAUAUAAUGGGAAUACAGGAAAGAAAUGAGAAGUUAUUUUAUAGAAUACUGCAAGAUAAUAUUGAAAGUCUAAUGCCAAUUGUAUAUACACCAACAGUUGGUCUUGCCUGCUGCCAGUAUGGAAACAUCUUUAGAAGACCUAAGGGAUUAUUUAUUUCAAUCUCAGACAGAGGCCAUAUUAAAUCAAUUGUGGAUAACUGGCCAGAAAAUGAUGUUAAGGCGGUGGUGGUGACCGAUGGAGAAAGAAUCCUGGGUCUGGGUGACCUGGGAGUCUAUGGAAUGGGAAUUCCAGUAGGAAAACUCUGUCUGUACACAGCCUGUGCGGGGAUACGGCCGGACAAAUGCUUGCCUGUGUGUAUUGACGUGGGAACCGACAAUCCAGCACUCUUAAAAGAUCCAUUUUACUUGGGCUUGUAUCAGAAAAGAGACCGCUCACAGCGUUACGAUGAUCUGAUUGAUGAGUUCAUGAAAGCUAUUACCGACAGAUAUGACCGGAACACGCUUAUUCAGUUUGAAGACUUUGGAAACCAUAAUGCAUUCAGGUUCUUGAGAAAAUACAGAGAAAAAUAUUGUACCUUCAAUGAUGAUAUCCAAGGUACAGCCGCAGUAGCUCUGGCCGGCCUUCUUGCUGUACAAAAAGUCAUUGACAAACCUAUUUCAGAACACAAAAUCUUAUUUCUUGGAGCCGGAGAGGCUGCCCUUGGAAUUGCAAACCUUAUAGUUAUGUCUAUGAUGGAAAAUGGCCUUUCAGAAGAAGAGGCUCAAAAGAAAAUCUGGAUGUUUGACAAAUUUGGUUUAUUAGUUAAGGAGCGGAAAUCUAGAAUAGAUAGCCACCAGGAACCUUUUGCUCACUGUGCUCCAGAGAGCAUACCUAACACUUUCGAAGAUGCAGUAAAUGUGCUUAAGCCUUCAGCUAUAAUUGGAGUUGCAGGUGCUGGCCGACUUUUUACUCCUGAUGUCAUCAAAGCCAUGGCCUCUAUCAACGAAAGGCCGGUCAUAUUUGCGUUAAGCAAUCCUACGGCAAAGGCUGAGUGCACGGCUGAGGAAGCAUACACACUUACAGAGGGACGGUGUUUGUUUGCAAGUGGCAGUCCAUUUGGGCCAGUGAAACUCAGUGAUGGGCAAGUCUUUAUGCCAGGUCAAGGGAACAAUGCAUAUAUUUUUCCAGGAGUGGCGUUGGCUGUUAUUCUCAGUGGCACACGGCAUAUUUGUGACACAGUUUUCCUAGAAGCUGCAAAGGCACUGUCAGGUCAACUGACAGACAAGGAACUAUCCCAGGGGAGACUCUACCCUCCACUUGCUAAUAUUCAGGAGGUUUCUGUUAACAUUGCCAUUAAAGUCAUAGAAUACCUCUAUGCUAAGAAGAUGGCUUUCCGACACCCGGAGCCUGAAGACAAGGCCAAGUAUGUUCGAGAGAGACUGUGGCGAAGUGAAUACGAGUCCCUGCUUCCGGACGUGUACGAGUGGCCGGAAUCUGCGUCCAAGCCCCCCCAGAUACCAGAGUAG